GAUGGGGGUCCAUGUAUGGCUGAGGAGAGCCUUUCUGUUGGCCAACUCGCAACAGGGAUUCAAGGGAUUGACAGUUUGAUAUCGAGCUCUGAUCCCAUAGUUGAUGAGUAUAUCCAAGCCCUCAACAGAGGUCCACGAGGGGGCGGGGUUGCUGCCAUAGUUGAUGAGCUACCUUACAUUGAGGUUUUCUUGUCCAGCACCAACUGCAAUUACAGGAUUGUUGGGCAGGAGUUCACCAAGAGUGGAUGGGGCUUUGCAUUUCAAAGAGACUCCCCUCUGGCUGUAGAUAUGUCAACUGCAAUCCUGCAACUCUCUGAGAAAAGAGAACUCCAAAAAAUCCACGACAAAUGGCUCCCCAGAGAUGAUUGCGCGAUCCAAGACAACCAAAUUGAUGACAACCGGCUUUCCCUCAAGAGUUUCUGGGGCCUGUUUCUGAUCUGCGGUGUGGCUUGCUUCAUUGCUCUUCUGUUGUUUUCCUGCAGGGUGUGCUGGCAGUAUCGCAGGUAUACACCCGAGGCUAGGGAACAGGAGAUCCCUGCUACGCCUGAGCCCGGGCCAUCCGACAGCUGCAGCCUUCAAGGCCUGAUCAAAUUUGUUGAUCAAAAAGAAGCUGAAAUUAAAGAAAUCCUGAAAAAGAAGGCCACUAGUGAAAACAAGCCACAACUUACUCAAAGCUCAGAUGUGCAGGAAAGUGCACCCUGAGAAUGACAUUCAGCAGGCUUUGUCACACUUGUUUUUGUACAUGAUCCAUACAAUUCCUUGCACUCAUCUAAUCACUGCCCCAUGUCACAUCAGAUUUGUUCUGUAGGGAUAGCAGAAUGUGUUUACACCUUUGUAGGAAAAUAUAGAUGAAACUGGCAAAAAGAUUUGUAAUUUUGGUUGGCAAGGUGCACAAGAUUCCUGCAUCAGACAAGUCAAAACUGGGAAGAACUGCCUUGAUGUUUCACAGGGAAUGGUUUCUGUUUCUUCUUGGGAAGAGAAUGAUUUGUACAUUGUAGAUUCAAUCAAACAUGAAUGUUCAACAACAAAAUGAAAUCAUGAAUAAGAGUCAUUAAGUUGUCAA